UAUAGCAACAGUAAACAGGAAGUACAGAGGGUGGUGAGUGUUCACGGAAAGUAGAGGCUUCUGUCAAUCUUGUUAUUAUUUGUAAAGUAAUGUGUGAUUUAACAAACAUAGAACAAUCGUACUGUCGUGUUUAUAGGGUUAGGUGGCUAAUUAUGUCUAAAUGUCCGCACUGAACAAUUGAGAACCAACUAAAUGGCAAGCUAAGGACACGUAGUUAGGUGCCUAUAUUAGUUAACGUUAGCUAGCUUGCUCGCAAAGUAAUCUGCCUGUAAAUGCAACCCUGUAAAGUCCUUAUUUUCCUUCCUGGAAAGCUCGAUACGAAUGAUGAAGCAAAUUCAAACAAAGCAUUUAUGUACUGUGCAAGCUACCUUGAGCUAAAUUAUUAGUUAACCAGCUGGCUAGCCAGUAAAAUUGAUCUUAUCGCAGCGGCAUGGUGACAUUAGGUAUUUCAGCGGUUUUAGCUAUUGAUCUGCGGUGGUGCCGAUCAGUGUAGCAAUGGGGAAAAGCUGUAAGGUGGUGGUAUGCGGACUGGCAGCAGUGGGUAAAACAGCCGUCCUGGAGCAGUUGCUGUAUGCUAAUCACGUUGUCGGCUCAGAGCCCAUGGAAACCUUGGAGGACAUCUACAUCGGCUCCAUUGAGACAGACCGCGGUGUGCGUGAACAAGUCCGCUUUUAUGACACGCGGGGGCUGAGAGAUGGCGUGGAGUUCCCCCGACACUACUACUCUUUUGCCGAUGGCUUUGUGCUGGUCUACAGUAUCGACAGCAAGGAGUCCUUCAAACGCAUGGAGGCACUGAAGAAAGAUAUUGAUCGCUACCGUGACAAGAAGGAGGUGACCAUCGUGGUGCUAGGGAACAAGGUUGACCUGCAAGACCAGAGAAGGGUCGACUCUGAGGUGGCGCAGCACUGGGCCAAGACGGAGAAGGUGCGUCUGUGGGAGGUGUCAGUGGCAGACCGGCGCACUCUCAUUGAGCCCUUUGUGUACCUUGCCAGCAAGAUGACCCAACCGCAGAGCAAGUCCACCUUCCCACUCAGUCGCAACAAAAACAAGGGCAGUGGCUCGCUAGACAGCUGAACGCCAAAAGGAGAGAGAGGACGGGAAAGGAGAAGGGAAACCCUCAGCUAUUGUCUGACUGACUGAAUCACAUAUACAUUCACAGAAAUGCCCGAAGAGGCUUAUUGACUCAAACUGCAUUCACACAUUCAGAUAAAAAGCAACAAUUGGAGAAACCAGAACACAGCUGUUGUUGUUUGGCUGAUGGAAAUCUGUACGGCUGUGGUCAAAAUUCUAGAACUUCAGGACAGUAAUAGAAUGAGACUUAAGUUGUACAUUUGGGCAUGUUGGAGUAAAUUGGCUGUGACCACAACUGAAGGUUUGCAUAGCCUGUCCUGCUAGCUGUGCGACUAAGAGAGAGAAACACUCUUAGCCACAAAGCAAAGAUCAGGCUUGGACAGAUUUUUAAUAGCUCUGCAUUUCCUUAAAAAAUAUUCAGUGCUGAAGAUUUGACUCCCAUAGGAAUAUUAAAAUUAAGGCUCAGAUCGGGUUUUCAGGUGCUCUUCCGCAAAUGUGUUCCUUCAUGGAAAGACUUAGUAUUUAGGGAUCAACAAGCUAUUAAUCAUGACGGACAGUGUACUCUAACUGAAUGUGGACCAAUCACUUCAAAGUCUGCUUAAAGAUGUCUUUAUCUGUGUAAGUGAAUGAAACCUUAUUUGUUUUGAAGUAUAUAUUCCAUAAUAGCCAAGUCUGAAUCAGAGCUGUGUAAUACAUUUUCACCAGACAAUAGGACUAGACUGCUGCAUCACAGAAAUAAGUUUUGGGUUGUGGGUGAAUGUUUUCUUCUACCGCCUACAAUCUAUAUCAACUUACAUUGGCUGUCUGCCAUUGUCUGGCAUUUGAACUGAAACACAAAAUACGCUCAACUUGUUUUAUUAUGUACUGUGUGCCUGCAUGCCUAUGAGCCUACUGAAUCUCUGCAUAUAGAAGUGUUUGUAUGUAGUAUGUCAGGACGACUGUUACACUGGUGUAUACAAAUGCAUUGUUCAGUAAAGUUACUUUUGUAGGAAUCUUUUCAUCUAUUAGGCAUAAUUAUAUCCUAAACAUCAACUUGUUAUAUCUGAAAUCUCUGUGAAUGUCACUACAAAUAGGUAAUGUUUGUUAUCACAGAUAAGCUGUGAAAGCCAUUCCAGGACUAUCUUGCAUUGUGUCAUUGUGUAGUAAACAUUUUCUUUCUUAGUUUUCACCUUUCAAUAUUUUCUUUUUGUAAAAUAUUAUUUCAUGAUUUAUUUAAGAUUGUAAAUGUGGUGCUGAUUUGCUGUUUUGGGUAGAAAUAAUUGAAGACAUUUCAUUGACCCUGAGUAUCUCUUACUUGAGGUUAAGUCACACAUUUGGUGCCUUGUCCAUGCAGUGAUUUUGCCUUUUUACUAUGGCAAAUCAGGAUAAAAGGCACACUCCAUACAGUAUGCCAGUGCAGAAGCUUUUGUCCUUGAUUUAUGUAAGUGUGGGAUCGAACCAUUGUGGUUAAACAACAAGAAAAAAGUUUCAAUUGAUGUUGAAAACAUUUUGCCGAGUUCAUUCCUGUCCGUUGAAAAUAUUGUUUAUUUAUUUGUAAAACAGUAAUGGUACCAAAACCAUUCAUUGCCUUCACAAUAUGAAGACUAUAAUUAUAUUACAGUGUUUCAGAGUAACACACAUUCUUGAUAGACAGUGUAAUUGCAGUCUUUUGCAUUUCUUAUUGUUACAUCAUAAUUGUGUUUUGUCUUACAGACUACAUUACGGAGUACCUAAUA